AUGAUAGAUAUUUACGAAAUAGAGUAAAAAGACGGUGUUAGAUGUGUAUGGAAUAAUAUACCUCCUACUAAACUUGCAGCAACAAGGGCUGUUGUUCCAAUUGGUAUCCAUUACACACCUUAUAAGGAAUUAGAUCCUAGCAAUAGAAUGGAAUAUGAAGCUUUACGUUGCAGAUGCCAAGCAAUUUUGAAUCCCUACUGCUAAGUUGAUUUUAAUCAAAAGUUCUGGAUUUGCCCUUUUUGUACUUCCAGAAAUCCAUUCCCUUAAAUUUAUCAUCAAAUUACUCCUUAAAAUCUUCCUGCAGAAUUAAUGGAAGACUAUUCGACUAUCGAAUAUGUUUAUUCAAAGGAAAAGCCCGUUCCAAAUAUCUUCUUAUUAGUUGUUGAUGUUAGUUUAGAAUAGAUUGAAUUAGAAGCAUUAAGAGAUUCUAUUUAGCAAUCAUUGAAUAUUAUUCCUCCUGAUUCAUAUGUCGGUUUAAUUACAUUCGGAAAGUUUGUUUUUGUUCAUGAAUUAGGCUUUUAGGAGUGUCCUAAAUCAUAUGCAUUUAAAGGAAGCAAAGACUAUACUACUACAUAAGUUUAAGAAAUGCUUGGUCUUAUUGCUCCUGGUACUUAGCCAAAGCCUGGAAAAAAUAUGGACGUUAUUAAACGUUUCUUACUUCCAUUGAACGAAUGUGAAUUUACUUUAAAUAGUAUUCUUGAUGAUCUUCAACCUGAUCCUUGGAACGUUCCUUAAGGAGAAAGAGAAUAGCGUGCUUCAGGCGUUGCUAUCAAUGCUGCUAUCAGCUUAAUUGAAGCUUGCCCUAUCCCUGGCUCUAGAGUUAUGUUCUUCACUGGUGGUCCUUGCACUAUUGGUCCAGGUUAAGUUUUUGGAAUCAAGUAAGAGGAAACUCCUCGUUCUUACUUGGAUAUCGGCCAAGAUAAUAGUAUUGCUUAAUACGUUAAAAAAGCAACUAAAUACUAUCAAACUCUUGCUCUUAGAGCUAUAAAAAGCUAGAUAACAGUAGAUAUUUAUGGUUUUUGCCCUGAUCAAUUUGGUUUGUACGAAAUGAAAUAUAUGGCAGAAAAGACUGGAGGUUACAUUGUUUUUAAUGAAGAAUUCAAUUCAGAUCCUUUCAGAGAAACAUUUAGAAAAAUAUUUGAUAAGGAUUAAAAUGAUGAAUUAAGAUUUGCAUCAGCAGCUAGAAUAGAUAUGUUUGUUUGCAAGGAAGUUAAGAUCUAAGGCGCUUUUGGUUCAUGCUCUUCACUAAAGAAGGGUGGCCCAAUGGUUGCUGAAACUCCUAUUGGUUAAGGUGGUACCACUCAAUGGUAUAUUGGUGGUAUGGAUAGAAACUCAACAUUGACUUUCAUGCUAGAUUUAUCUGCUCACAACAAAGAAUAAAACUAAGCAAAGAGAGCUUUCUUCUAAUUCUAAACAACUUACAAAUCACCUUCUGGAGAGACAAAAUUAAGAGUCACAACUUUCUUUAGAAAGUUUGCUGAUCCUAUAAGUAACUUUGAGUUAGUUCAAGGUUUUGAUUAAGAAGCUGCUUGUGUCUUAAUGGCUCGUUUAGGUAUUUAAAAAUCUGAAUCUGAAGAGCCUAUAGAAAUUUUAAAAUGGCUUGAUAGAACCUUAAUUAGGUUUGUAACUCGUUUUGCUGAAUAUAAGCCAAAUAUAACUGAUUCAUUUAAAUUACAUGAUAAUUUAGCAUUGUAUCCUUAAUUUAUGUAUCAUUUAAGAAGAAGUCACUUCACUUAAAUUUUUGGUUUAAAUCCUGAUACAAUCUCUUAUUAUCGUUGCACUUUUAAUAGAGAAAAUGUCUCUAACUGUUAAGUUAUGAUUCAACCUGCUAUAUUCUCUUAUUCAAUUUAAAAUCCAAGUCCAUCUCCUGUUAGUCUCGAUGACACAGCUAUGAGAAAAGACGUCAUUUUAUUGCUUGAUAAUUAUUUCUAAGUUAUUACUUGGUUAGGUCCUCAAAUUAAAUAAUGGAAAGAUAAGGAAUAUCAUUUGGAUCCCACUUAUAUUUCAUUUAAGAACUUGUUAGAUUCUCCAAUGGAAGAUGUUAAAGCUAUUCUUGAAGAUAGAUUCCCUACUCCCAUUUUUUAUGAAACUUACGAAAAUCAUACAAAAGAAAGAUAUUUAAAAUCAAGAAUCAAUCCUACAGGAAAAAAUCAAGACCUUAUAGAUAGUGGUCAUACAUAAACUGAUGAUGCCUCAUUAAACUAAUUUAUGGAUCAUUUAAUAAAAUUAGCUGUUUCCUAACCAAAUAGUUGA